AUGGUGGGGCAGGAGCAACACGGGGCAUGGUGGGCCAGGAGCAACACGGGGCAGAGUCGGGCAGGACCCCCUGCCCUCAAGACAACAGUACCUCCAGCCCCCUGCCCUCAACACAACAGUACCCUCCAGCCCCUGCCCCUCAACACAACAGCACUCCAGCCCCUGCCCUCAAGACCAGUACCUCCAGCCCUGCCCUCAAGACAACAGUACCUCCAGCCCCUGCAGGCACACAACAGUCCUCCAGCCCUUGCCCUGGAAACAGUACCUCCAAAAACAGCACCAGGCCCCUCAAGACAACAGUACCUCCAGCCCCUGCCCUCAACAACAACAGCACCUCCAGCCCUUAAGACACAACAGCACACAACAGUACCAGCCCCUGCCCUCAACACAACAGCACCCAGCCCCCCUGUCUCAACACACAACAGUGCCAGCCCCCUGCCCUCAGCCCUCAACACAACAGUACCUCCAGCCCCUGCCCCACUCAAGACAACAGCCCCUGCCCCCAAGACAACAGUACCCAGCCCCAGUCUCAACACAACAGUACCCCCGUCCUGCCCUCAAGCAUGCCAGUGCACCCAGCCCCUGCCCUCAAGACAACAGUACCUCCAGCCCCCUGCCCUCAACACAACAGCACCUAGCCCCUGCCCUCAACACAACAGCCUCCAGCCCCUGCCUCAACACAACACCUCCAGCCCCCUGCCUCAAGACAACAGAAUUUCCAGCCCCUGCCCUCAACCUCCAGCCCCUGCCCUCAACACAACAGUACCUCCAGCCCCCUGCCCUCAACACAACAGUACCUCCAGCCCCCUACCCUCAACACAACAGUACCUCGAGCCCCUGCCCUCAACACAACAGUACCUCCAGCCCCCUGCACUCAACACAACAGUACCUCCAGCCCCCUGCACUCAACACAACAGUACCUAG